AGUCGUGGUCUUCUCUAACCAACCCACUCUCCUCUCCUUCUCCCUUAAAAACCCAGAGCUCUCCAUUCCCCUCCAUCGCCGGCGAUGCCGCCCGCCGCCGCCGCCUCCACCCACCGGAAAACGAGACGUCAAAUAUGGCUUCCUUCCUGCCUUUUCGACUCCUGCGCAUGUGAUCCCGACGACUCCCCGGCAAAGCCUGCCGAACGCGUUCGCCGCCAGAACAAGGCGACGCCUUUAACAGAGGAAAUCAGUGAAGACAGAGAGGGAUUCAUGGCGGAAGGCGGAGGAAUGAAGAAGAAGAUAGAGAAGAGAUGCAAACCAUUACCUGCAUGCUCAAAUAAAAGAUGUAAUAAUCACCUUCCAUUCAUCAACUACCAACCCGCCGCCACAAACCGCAAAGUGAACCGUCGGGGUCCGGUUCAGUCAAGCACGAGUACUAAGACAAUCCACUCGGGUUGGUCAGAACCGACUCAACCCACUGACUCGACUCAAUCUUACCCGAAGAAAAUGGAUUUGCUGGUCGGACUCAAAAUGAUCACCAUGUUGCUGGUGACAAUACUGAUCGGAGGCAAACUUUUCGCCGUCUUUAUCACUACUAUUUGUUUCUACGUUUUCUCUUGCGUGGAUUUAUCGCGAUCACCAAUGUUUAUAGUGCCGACUCAAAAAAGCCCGAGAAGAUAAAUUUUUUGAAAAAUAUUCACGAGCGAGUUAUUAUUAGUUGAUUUCAAUUUUUUUAUUUUUUUUUAGGAUGAAUA